CCGAGCAGAACGCAUUAAUUGCGGCACUUGGUGGUGACGGUGUCAUGAUUGGGGAGAUGGAUCCGGACGGGGACGGUGGAAUGGAACCAGAUCCAUUGGGAGAAGGUGUUAACGUUGUCGUCCCCCCUGAGCCGUAUUUUCCUAGUACACUUAAUCGCUCCAGCUUCGGUUCACUCAAGGGAAAGCGGGGCGGACCCAAACGUAAAAGCUCACGUCACCAUGAGACUUUGCCCCUGGCUACCUCGAGACCUAUCUUCCAGCGUGACAGGUGUACCAUAAAGGUCGCUCAAGGAGACCCGGAUGCUUCAAACAGGAGACGAAGACUCUAUAUCGUUGCGAGUGAUUUGAGUGAAGAGAGUAGGUAUGCCCUUGAAUGGGGCAUCGGGACAGGUCUGAGGGACGGUGAUGAAAUGCUAAUCGUGACGGUUGUCGAGAACGAGAAUAAGAUUGAUCCGCCCAUCCCCAAUGCCACCGAUCGAGCCACCAAGCUACGCAGUCAACAAGAACGUCAAGGUUUAGCAUAUAUUCUUGUCCGCCAGGCCACCUCCCUCCUCCAGCGUACAAAGUUGAACGUUGUAGUGUCAUGCCAAGCAUGGCAUGCGAAGAACGCUAGACAUAUGUUAUUAGACAUAGUCGACUAUAAUGAGCCGACGAUGUUAAUCGUGGGUUCUCGAGGUUUAGGAAAGUUGAAAGGAAUCCUUCUCGGCUCAACUUCGCAUUAUUUGAUUCAACGCUGCUCUGUCCCAGUCAUGGUUGCUCGUCGCCGCUUGAAGCGUCCCCCCCGACGUUCAGCCCAUCUGGCUAAGCACCGCGUGCACGUGUCCCUCGCUGAGGCUGGUAUCGACAGAGUCGCCGCGAAGGUCGAUCAGGAUGUUGCGGUUAUGCGAGAUGAAAUGCAACGCGAUGAUGAAAGGAGAGAUAGUACUGAGGGUAGGGCAAUCGUCGAGGAGGGCGAAGGUGAAGAGGGCGAGGAAGGCGAAGGAGACGGAGCGGAGGGUGAGGGUUAUCUGGGGACGAAGGUGAGAGGUUGAGGUGGAGUGUCAGCGACCUGGAAUGCAUGAGUACUAUCUAUUUGUUUGUCUUUCCCCUUUUUCUUUUGACCAUCAUAUCUCUUGAAUCCGUCAGUGGCAUCGUGGAGGUGCAUAUAGCACGCACGACGUUUCGGCUCAUUUCUUAUACCCUUUAUACAAGAACCUCGUCUGUGUAGCCCACCCCUCUCACUCAUUGCACAAACAACAAACACUCUAGCUUUUUAAGAUCGUUUGAGACUAUGUUAUGAUAGUACUUUUUGUACUACUGUAUAGCAUAGUAUGUAGAUUGUGUUUAUGUCACUACAGACUGUAGUACAUGUUUUUUUUUUCGAUUUCAUGAGGUGUGCAAGUCACCAUAGAACUUUGCAUUCAUCCUGUUGGGUGAUCUUAUUA